AUGCAUGUGCAUUAUACGAUGAAGGCGCAGACAUCGUGGCUGCAAGCUACACUCGUGGUCGAUCCCGUCGCGAUGCGGCACGGGUACGAGUGGCUCAGCGACCGCAUCUACCAUGCGGCGGCGACCGCGAAGAAGUUCCAUCGACCUCUUGGAACCAGCGUCGAUGACGCCGCAGGACUGACGCUCCACACACGGGAGGCAGACGACGACAGGACGGUGACCAUUGCGGCCAUGGAGACCCAUUCCCAGCACACGAUUCUGCACAACUUUGAGGCCGUUUCAAACGCGAUGCGGACAUGCAUGGGUUACGGUCGAAAUUCGCUGAUUUUUUCCGAGGUACAGUCGUUGUCGACAUGGUGGACGGCGGGCAAAGCUUUUCGUAUGAACACACCUGAGCGGCUGCACCUGAGCCGCCGCCUAGGUACGUCCCUGCGCAACGUCGUGCGGUUCUACUACCCUACCUCGACCGUCGUGCUAAUAACGUACUGCUCGGUGCUGGGCGACGAGACACAUCCGCGGGUCGAUGGCUCACGAGCGCGGCCGCACGGAUUUGCAUGGUGUUCAAGGGGAUUUGUAAGCGUUUAA